CUGCUAAGGAAGCGGAAAACGCAGAUGGUUCGUCUGCUACUAGGGUGAAUCAUCUGGAUUAUCAUCAGUCUCAAAGCCCUCUGAAUGAGUCGUCUCAAAAGCGCUUGCUACCAGACGACCAAGUAGUAGCAUUUCCUCUCUCAUCGGACCGAUUCGACCAGCAAAAGGAUAAGAUUUGGCUCCGACGCCAACCACUUGUACCUGCCAAACAGAUUCUACUCACUUAUGCUUAAUAUCGUGGAGGCGUGGAGGUGUUGAACUCAUCUUUUCUAUAACAUCUUCCAGUCGAAGAUUCCUACGUACUUGGAAAGAGCUAGAGGUGGAAGAUGUUUGUGUUACAGAAGAUGUUUAAGUAUGUUACAGAAGAAAGAUGGGUUGUCGAUGCAUCUAAAUUGAGGACUUUGGUAAUCUACGCG